AUGAAUGAAAGGAAAGGAAAAAAAAGCAGCCAGAACACAUUACCAUCAAUUUUCGAUACAACAGCUUUAUUUCAUCAAGUUCCGAAAAACAUCUUUAGACCAACGGGGCGCGUGGAAUUAAAAUGUCAAUUUUAUAUGGAAAAAAAAUUCUUGAAAGCUGGCCAGCAUGCUGGCCCACUGCUGGCCUCAACCAGCGUUGGCCAGCUGCUGGAAAAUUUACGAACCCUAACUAAUCUGAUUAGUUUCUCUGGUCUUCCCUUAGGUAAACUAAAAGUAAAGUUUGUUUAUCUAUCAAAUCACAAGGGAAUGAAAAAGCUUUUAAAUCUUACGAAAGCCACAAAAAAUAAAUGUAAAACAUUGAAUUAA